GUUCUCUUGGCGUAUGCGCAUCGCGUUUUUUUACAAGUGUCGCGUAGUAGGAAGUUGACAACCGAAAGAUUCCGUUGCGAGGUCAUGAGAGUCAUUAAUUAUUACAUCUGUCUAUAGUUUGUUUACUUACGUCAUAAGAGGUAAUUUACGCGACAAUUUGCGCGUUACCUUCGCCUGAAAGUGCUCUUAUCGCGGCGUCACGAAGUAAACCUAAUUAUUAGGUUAGGUUUUAUCGUACCUCUUGUAUUCGGGAUCGAAUUAAUGAUAGCGGAUAAUCGAGUCAUCUAAUUACGCCUAACCGUCGCGCUUAAGUGAAAUGCUGUCAUUGUUAAAAAUACCAUUGUAUUACCUUAACGGAUCCCAUUGAUAUCGCAGCCGAAUCCCGUUCGUCAUGUCGGCAACACCAAAAUUUCCUUUGAAGAGAACACAUGUGUCACCCACGCCACAUGAAUUUAUUGUGCCAAAGAAAUGCGUCAAAACGCCAGCUGACUUAGCACUUUGGCAAAGAUCGGAAGCUUACUUUGAAUACUUGGGAUUUAUUUUGGCGCUGAAUGAUGCUGUUCAGGGGCACGCUUUGGAUGCACAGUGUCCACAGUCACUUGCAAUAGGCAGUGUUAUACAGAUGUUGAACAAAUUUGACGAAUGGAUAACAGAAAUCCCACCUACCGAACAGCCUCAGCGAUUUGGAAAUAAAUCAUUUCGCACUUGGCACGAGAGACUGCAGCAGAACGCUAUGGAGGAAUUGAAACAAGUGUUGCCAGAAGAUUUGCAUCGCGCAAUUCCAGAGAUAGUUCAGUAUUUAUACGAAAGUUUUGGGAAUCCAACUCGCAUUGAUUAUGGAACAGGUCACGAAAUGGCUUUCAUCAUGUUUCUUUGCUGCAUGUUUAAGAUAGGCGCGUUUGAAGACAAUGAUAGGAUUGCUGCUGUAAUAAAAGUGUUUAAUAGGUAUCUCGAAUUGGUGCGCAGACUUCAGCUGAUCUACCGUAUGGAGCCAGCAGGUAGUCAUGGUGUUUGGAGCUUAGAUGAUUAUCAAUUUGUACCCUUCAUAUGGGGCAGUGCUCAGCUCAUUGGACAUCCACGUAUAGAACCGCGGCAUUUUGUAGACCAAGGUAUUGUGGAGUCUUAUAGCAAGAAAUACAUGUUCCUUGGCUGUAUCGAGUUUAUCUCAAAGGUGAAAAUAGGACCUUUCGCUGAGCAUUCAAAUCAGUUAUGGAAUGUUAGUGCGGUGUCCUCAUGGUCAAAAGUGAACAGUGGUCUUAUCAAAAUGUAUCAAGCGGAGGUACUGGCGAAGUUUCCUGUUAUCCAACACGUUUUCUUCGGUUCUCUUCUACCAUUGACACCAAUGGUUCCACAAUGCUCCGAACCGAUCAUCGUCCCAAAUUAUAGAGGAGCUCCUGUUGACGACAAUGAGCCACCACCGCCACCGGCGGUGCCACAAUAAUGAUUACAUGCAUAAUAAAUAUUGUUACUGUGGACUAUUUUACCACGCUUUUCCCAGUAUUAUAAAAUUGUAUAUUAUUGUUCCUUGCUCCCUCCAUUCUAUGAUGCUUUCAUCGCUUUUGGACGUAUUUCUUUAGUUUGUUAGAAAUUCAAAUUAUACAUAUUUGUUACAAAGAAGCAAAGUAUAUUUCGCGAAAAAAUAAUGUAAAAGUUAUAUUUAUAUAAAAAUAAUGCAAUGCAAACUUGUUUAGGAAAUUAGUGCAAUGUGCCCAUAAAAUGAUACGUGUCAUUGUGAUUCUGUAAGCAUCGAUUUGUUCUUAAUAAAAAAUAAUAGAUUUACGCCAUGCAGAAGUAAA